GUGUAUAGUUUUAAUCGUAAACUAAUACACCCAAUUAAAUAUUAUUGAAUAUGAAAUUUCUAUUGUUUUCAAUUUUGUUAACUGUGUUGUACAUUGAGGUGGGCGCCUCCCGGCCUCGUGUAGUGUGCUAUUGGGCCAAUUGGGGUGGUAUGCAACCUGAGGAAAUAGAUCCGACACUAUGCACUCAUAUUCACUAUGCAUUUCAUGUGAUGGACGACGUCCACAAUGUUAUCAUUGAUGCCAAGGGUUGGCCUCAGGAGGAUAUCUAUCGGCGUUUAGAAGCAUUGAAACAAAAGAAUAAAGACAUAAAAAUCAUUGCAUCGGUUGGCGGUUGGGGUCAUCCAGACAUCAAAUUUUCACGAGUGGUCAACAAUGUUGAACUUCGCAAGGGUUUCAUUAAAAAUACGAUCGCAUACUUACAAAAAUAUAAGUUUGACGGCUUUGACUUAGACUGGGAAUACCCUGUUUGCUGGACAGGUAAUUGCUCAGCAGGUCCUCCAUCUGAUCGACCAAAUUUUGGUAUUUUUAUAAAGGAAAUCAAAGAGGCUUUCGAUAAAUUGACUCCUCGUCUGUCAUUGUCUGCGGCAGUGGUCGCCGGCGCUGAUAUUGCCGACAAAUCUUAUGAUUAUAAAGCUCUUGGAGAAGCACUUGAUUAUGUCAAUGUAAUGACCUACGACUUGGCCCCGUUAAGCGAUGGUAAAACUGCACACCACUCCAAAUAUAAUGUCUGUGUCGCUGAUGUUGAGGAUUAUGUCAAUAAAGGAGUUCCAAAGGAUAAGGUACUUAUGGGACAACCAUUUUAUGGACACUCGUUUCAACUGAAAGACAUAAGUCGUCACGAAGCGGGUGCGCCCAUCAUAGGUGAAGGUAAAGAGGACGGUGUUUAUCGACACGUUUGUCAAUUAGUAAAAAAUCAGGGAUGGAUUAAAGAACAGUCAGAUAAAGGUCACGACCCGUUUGCUUACAAAGGAGACGAGUGGAUCGGUUAUGAUGAUCCAUACGCUGCAUACGAAAAAGCCAAAUGGGUUCGGGAUAAUGGUUACGGAGGUAUUAUUAUUUGGGAGAUCAGUCACGACGACUACAAAAAGGAGUGUUGCAGUCAAGUAAACCCAUUGCUUCACGCACUCAACUAUGGCCUCUACGGCACCGGCCAAUCACCCGACACAUAUGGAUCAAAUGCAAUUGUUUUAUUUUGUAUUAGCAUUCAAUUGAGUGCCACAAAACAAAAAGUGGUCUGUUAUUGGCCCAACUGGAGGGGCGAUUCACAUAAACCCGAAAACAUAGACCCGACUCUAUGCACUCAUUUGCAUCACGCAUUUCAUGUAUUGGAUGAAAAUCAUAAUGUGAUUCGCGAUAGUGACGGUCCUCAACCAGAUAUCUAUCGACGACUACAUGAACUGAAAAAACGAAAUCCAGAGCUCAAAGUGAUUAUAUCGUUAGGAGGUGGCGGACAACCAGACGCCCCCUAUUCACGACUCAUAAGUGAUGAGGGAAGACGUCAACAGUUUAUUAACAAUACUAUCGCUUACUUACAUAAGUAUCAGUUUGACGGUCUCGAUGUCGACUGGGAAUAUCCGGUUUGUUGGAGCGGUGACUGUAGUAAAGGUCCCAAAUCUGAUAAACCAAACUUUGGUAUAUUUCUUAAGGAAUUGAGAGCAGCCUUUGACAAACAGAGUCCCCGACUUUCACUUUCAGCUGCAGUAGUAGCGGGUGUACCGGGUGGCACAGUUGACCAUGCUUAUGAUUUUGCUUCUAUGGCCAGUGCAUUAGAUUAUAUAAGUGUUAUGACUUACGAUGAGGCGGGUGUUUGGGAGCACAUGACUGGUCAUCAUUCAAAGUUUACGUUUUGCAUUAGUGCCUCUCAAUACUAUGUUAAUAAAGGCAUACCUAAAGAAAAGGUAUUGAUGGGUAUUCCCUUUUAUGGACAUACAUUCAAAUUGGCCGACAAAAACAAGCAUUAUAUCGGAGCACCGAUUACUGGUGAGGGACGUACACCGCAUGGAGAGGGAGACAAUGCAUGGUAUAGUGAGAUGUGUGAAUUGGUCAAAAAAGAGCACUGGACUAAAGAGACUCCUGAUGAUGGACACGACCCAAUUGCAUAUCACGAUUAUCUAUGGGUUGGUUACGAUGAUCCAUACGCUGCCUUAGACAAAAGUAAAUGGGUUAAAGAUAAUGGUUUCGGUGGUGUUAUCAUAUGGGAAAUUACUCAGGAUGAUUACCAUCCUAAUUGUUGCUCAGUUGCAUAUCCUAUGUUGCGUGCAAUCAAUUAUGGAUUAUAUGGCACAGGACAGGCACCUCAAACAUAUGGGUGCGAACAUAAAUGAACUAUAAUUAUCCGAUUAUUAUUAAAUCAUAAAUAUAACUGUAAUAACUUUAUACUGGUAUUAAUUUUAUG